AUAUCUCACUGCCUUAGGAUGAAUUAGAAUAUUACAUUUGAAUCUUUUCAGCGCUUCAUGUGCCUCCUCACUCCUUAUUGUUCGAACUUGCGGUGAAAUUGGUCUUAAUUUUUGGCGCGGCCGUGCGGUCAGUAAAAUCCGACGAUUUUCACUGAAUUGACUGUGGGGUCCAAAGUAUUAUAUGAGUGGAAUUUUAAAGUUUAGUGAAUAUUUCUAAAAUGUGCAUUUGUUGAAUUCGGCGGGAGUCUCCGUUAGUUUUUUUGUGUAAACUUCUGGGAGGUGAAUCUAGCACGUGAAGAUUGUGAUUGGUAAAACCUAUAGAUUGACUCAACUAUCGAACAUUCGUCGGUCUUGCCCAAAAAUCAGACGGUCAAUACUUUCUCCACAAAAGCAUGUCCAUACCUCAGAUUCUUAUCAAGGGAGAACGUUCAGUAUGAUCUGACGCCAUUUCAGGGAAAGUACCCCGACGUUUUUUGAAGCCAAGCCAGAAUGGAACUCAUUUCCAUUGAGGAGGAGUUGAAGAAAAAUCCCCAGUUGAAACUGGAUGAUAUAAAGCUCUUGAGAGAUUGGAUCGACCAAGAAAAAACGGCGCCAACUUCGUUAUCUGACGUGCAGUUAGCUUUGUUCUUGCAUUGUUGUGAUUACGAUCUAGAGACGACGAAGAAAACUAUCAAAACUAAUUAUAGAUGGCGCGCUGAACAGCCGGACUACUUCACCAGACGGAAUUUUACAUUGGAUUCUGGACUGGCUCAUUCCUUGGAUACCGUGAGUUUCCUGCUUCUACCGAAGCGAUCGACCGCUGACGAGCUGAUCAUCGUGGCCCGAAUCAAAGACAACGACCCAAAGAGUUUCCUCAUGCUCGAGUCGGUGAAAUUAUUCUUCAUGUUCAUGGACAUGGUUCUGGUUAAACAUGGGAGCAGCAACGGGGUGGUUAUCAUCUAUGACUGCGAGCCAAUUACCUUUGCCCUGGCUCGUAAAACCCAGAUCAGCACCCUCAGGGCACUCCUUCACUUUCUCCAGGAGGCGGUUUCCUUCAAAGUUAAUGCGAUCCACUACAUGAACGUAAAUGCAGCUUUCAACUUCGUUUUUCAGUUAUUUAAACCAUUUGUGGCUAGCGGCUUAAUAAAUAAAUUACACUUUCACUCUCCAGGAUCUUCUACAAUUUUUGCUGAUUUGGCUCCAAAUUCGGUACCCAAACAUUUCAAUGGAGAAGAAGAGACGUCUUUCGUUCAAAUGCAUGAAAAAAUGAAAGAGGGUCUCAAGUCAUUUCAACCAUGGUUUGAGAAGGAGGAAGCGUCGUUGAUGACAUUUAUGCAAAGUUUGGAAUCGGAAAAACAGAAAAAUGGCGAUUUAUCUGAAACAAUUGGUUCUUUUCGACAGCUAGACUUUGACUGAGAAAUCUCCGGCCUGCUCUUCUAUUACAGCUUGAUUACAGCACGCAUUAGGCGUCAAGAGAUAAAACCUAAGAGCUGCAUGUGUUGGAGUUCGGGAACAGAGACUUAGGGUGUGGGGGUUUGUUUUGACCUGAUUAUAGAUUUACUGUUCCUUAUAGAAAUUGGCUCCACAUAGUUCGUAGGAAAGAAUACCAAAACCAAAGAGGACAGACAUUUCACAAAAAAAACAAGCAUCAAUAAUGCAUUGUGUGCGAUGAUAAAAUAAGAGAGUCACGCUUUUCAAUUGCUGAGUUUCAAGAUCUCUCGAUCUCACUUCGUUGAUUAUACUUAAACUUAUUUCUCUUAAUAUUAAUUCAGCAUCAAGCAUUUCAAAACACACCAGUCAGUUCCUAUUUUCAAUAUUUAACGAAUGAAUUUUGCUCUAUAUAUAAUUUCUAUGAAUCAGUUUCGAGGUUAUAUCAUUUGUUUUUAAUGACCUUGAAUUUCCGCGAGUUCAGAACCUUCUAAUAAUCUUGUAGGUAAUCGAUGAAUAAACAUUGUUGGCGUUCAGAAAAGAAAA